AUGCUAGGUAUCAGGACCCCCGUCAAGAGCAAAGACUCUGCCCCUAAGGCCUCUCUAGAAUUAUCUCCAUCCCUCACCCCAGAGGAGCCCGCGCCCGCGCCUAGUCCUAAAACGCAGCGUCUUAUAAAUUCAAACCAGACCACCCACACCGAAGCAAAAAUGUGGCUAGACAAAGCCAAAGAAGCACUUGGGAACUCGCGAAACCUUAAAACGGAACUAAAAAUCAUUAUAGAACGAUCGGUUAAUAAUCUUUAUAAAAUCGCAACCACUAACUCACCUGUAAAAUCUCCUGCUUCGUCGCCCCCUCUUCUUCCAUCGCCCCCCUCAAUUGCUCCUCCAGCUGCACCUACCACCGCCCCUGUUCUAGCCGCACCUACUGCUACUCCUUUCUCAGCUCCUCCGCCUUCAUUCGACAUUUGGGAUAAGAAAAUCAAAGAGCAUACAAAAUUACUUGAGCAAAACACCGAUAGCAUCCACAAAUUAAUUAACAAAAUGAACAACCUCAACAACAAAACCGAAAACUCGCCCCUCCCGACACACACACCCCCAUUAUAUGCCGACAUAGCAUCGAGACCCAAACCGCCCACAGGCUCCUCACUUGUCAUAAGUGGGGAACCAAACACCACCCCAGAGACCCUAGUAGAGAACAUGCGCAAGGGCAUAGACUUUCGAAAGGGAGGAUACGCUCCGUUGAGCAUCAAGCCCCUUUCAAAAGGAAAAGUACGCGUUACUUUCGAGAGUGACGAACAUAGGCAGGACGCUAUAAAGCAACUCUCCCAAUCGCGCAGCACCCUCAAAGCGGAAGAAGAGAAGAGAUAUAACCCCCUUAUCUGCCUUAAAGGCAUAUCUAAAACCACCCCAGAGGAGGAAGUCAUCGAAAUGAUCAAAGAACAAAAUCCUAACCUCAAAGACGCCCAACUAAAAAUUAAAUUUCAUCGGAAUAAUCGGAACGACAAACUCUACAACCUCGUACUCACAACAUCCCCAGCUACUUGGCGCACUCUCGUUGACAUGGGUCGCGUCUCUAUUUCUCACCAGCGGGUCCACUGCUGCAACUUCUCACCAUUCUUACAAUGCAGGAACUGCUUAGGCUUCGGCCAUACCAAAAACCGCUGCCCGGCUAGCGUUGCCACCUGCGCGAAAUGCGCUCAAACCCACCCCACUCGAGAGUGCCCCAAGGAGGCUGCCGAAGUUCCCACCUGCGCCAACUGCCACGAACACAACCAGCAACACAAAACAACAAACCCCACAACCCACCGCGCUGACAGCGGACGCUGCCCCAAGUUCUCCCAAGCGAACCUCGACAGGUCUCGCAACGCUUUGCAUGAACUUCAGGUACACUUGCACAACACGGACACAGACAUAGCAUUAAUUUCAGAACCAUACAUCGGUAACUCAAAACAUGUCAAGAACAUACAAGGCUUUAACGUUUUUCAGGCUGAUGGCGCCACGAAAGUACGGGCCUGUAUCUUGGCCAAAACACACAUUCACGCGAUCACGCUCACACAAUUCACAACGGACGACCUUUGCAUCAUUUCCAUUCCCGCGAAAAAUUAUAACAUAUACGUAGUCUCGAUUUACAUUGAACCGCGCACGGAUACAAAUAAUAUACUAAAUAAACUAGACCAAUUUUUACACACGCACAACGGCUCACACGUAAUAAUAGGCGGCGAUUUUAACGGAUGGCACAGCACUUGGGGCAGUUCCGCUGACAACCCACGAGGAGCAGAAGUAGCUGACUUCAUAUUAACCCAUGACCUUCAGUUAGGAAACGUAGGCCAAACCCCCACAUUUCAAACGAUUACGCACGGACAGAAACGCAACUCUAUUAUAGACUUAACGCUCUAUUCCCCCAAUCUCAUUAGCAAAAUAAACGACUGGCGAGUACACCCGGGACACUUUCCAUCCACACAACACAACCACAUUACAUUCGCAAUUAAUCUUACACAAUCUCCUGCGCUCACUAAAAAUACUUACAGCACAUUCUUAUACCAAACAAACAAAGGUAACUGGCAUUCAUUUAAAGAACACCUCCACACCAAAAUCUUUAAUUCAGGAAUCCUAGACAAAAAUAUAGAGACAUUAACGUCCACACAAUUAGAGCAAACCAUCAUUACCCUCACCGAAAUUAUAAACGAUGCCAGCACCCAAACUUUUCCCAUAAGAAAUAACAGAAUCAAACCCAGGCCUCCGUGGUGGUCGGAUGAAUUACAGUCCUUGAAAGAGGAAUGCAUCCGACUCCACCGGCGCUUGCAUAACUCACGCGGACGCCCUCCCGACCCAAACAUCUUAGAUGAAUACAAAACCCUAAAAGAAAACUACGCAGACAAACUUAAACAGACCUCAACAGAAAGCUUUAGAUCAUUUUGCUCCCUCCAAACAAAAGAAAAUGUCUGGUCACUGACAAACAGACUAUUAAAAUCACGAGGAUUCAACCCACCACCUCAAACGUUACGCAGGAAAAAUAACACGUACACCACCACGGCACAAGAAACCGCGCAGGAAUUGCUUAAACACUUUUACCCAGACGACGGGCCCGACACCGAUUCUACACAUAUUCAAACUCGCGUCACGUCGAACAAUAUACCCAACACCCAAGAUGACCCAGAAUUUAGCCAGGAAGAGGUUCUAGAGACCCUCCGUCAAAUGAACCCUAAUAAGGCUCCAGGCCACGACCACCUUACGAGCGACAUAUGCUCGAUGGUUGCAAGCCAAUAUCCUGGAUUAAUCACUAACAUACUGAACCGAUGUCUUUCACUAGCAUAUUUCCCAAGUACAUGGAAGAAAACCAUUGUAAAAGUCAUCCCUAAACCCUCAAAAACCCACUACACCGAUCUAUCAGCCUAUCGCCCAAUUGGUCUUAUACCAGUAUUUGGAAAAACGCUAGAAAAACUCUUUACUAAACGGCUCGUAUACUCGUCACAGCGGCAAAAAACACUCAACACUGAACAAUACGGAUUCACCCAACAAACAGGUACAACACAAGCCAUUCUCUCGAUAAUUAAUAAAGUCAAAGCAGCUAAGCAAAAACAUCAAGAAGUAUCAGUAGUUUCACUCGAUAUAAAGGCGGCAUUCGAUAACGCGUGGUGGCCAGCUAUCCUUAGCGGUCUUAGGGACGUCGGAUGCCCCCUAAAUAUAUAUAAACUUAUUAAUAAUUAUCUCUCGGACCGCACCGUCAAUUUAACAAUAGGCGAACACACUACCAGCAAAACCAAUAACAAAGGCUGUAUACAGGGUUCGGCAUGUGGACCCGUUCUAUGGAAUAUUCUGAUCAAUAAAUUACUCAACACCAGAUUUCCGCCCGGGUGCCACCUACAAGCUUUCGCAGACGACGUAGUGCUGCUGGCCACAGCAUCAGACACAGACACUCUACAACGAAUCACGAACACUUCACUAGAUACCAUCUUUCAAUGGGGUAAAAGCGUAAAAUUAGAAUUCGGUCCAGAGAAAACACAAUUAAUUCACUUUUCAAAUAAAGCCCAAAAAACCCAAAUUAAAAUAAACAAUAUUACGUUAAAACCGGUAGAAACAAUAAAAUACUUAGGUGUCAUUAUUGACCGCAGACUGACAUUUAAAAAUCACAUAAACUACAUCAUUCAAAAAUCACAAAACUUAUUUAACAAACUUUGCAAUUUUAUAAGACCCACUUGGGGCAUACACUCUGAUAACAUAAAAACAAUAUACCAUAUGGUCAUAGUCCCAACCAUCACAUACGCCGCGGGAGUCUGGGGCGACUCCGUAAAUAUAAAAACCUACAAAAACAAAAUCCUCUCAUUACAGCGAAUGUUUGCAAUCAAAGCCAUCCGCGGAUUCCGUACCAUCUCCCUAAACGCAGCCCUCGCGCUCGCAGAAUUUCUUCCAUUAGACAUAAAAAUAAAUGAAAUCCAAUGCAUCGAAAAAGCCCGCGUCGAGCACCAAACUCACUUAAUUCCAUCCGACAUCCCCAUCGAGACACCCACACACCCCUCACAACUCUUACACCCCUCGGUUCGCACAGGCAUAAGACACACAACAUAUAAAAACAACCUACACAAACACAUCAAACCCGCGCCCCACGACAUAUACACAGACGGAAGCAAACAAGAGAACGGAGAAACUGGAGCAGCAUUCAUUGUCCACUCGCCUAACACACACUUAACCAUACACACAUCAAAAAUUAAACUCCACCCCACGAGUAGCAUUUUUCAAGCCGAACUCCUCGCUAUUAAAGAGGCAUGCAAAUGGGCAACUAAAAAUAAUACCAGCUGCAUCAUACAUUCGGACUCACGAUCGGCACUGACGGCAUUAGAACAAAUAUCCAAUACCCACCCAUUAGUUAGCAGCAUACACCGGAUAUUACACCAAAACAAGCACACACAGAUACAGUUCAAAUGGGUUCGAGCCCAUACCGGUAUUGUAGGUAAUGAGAAAGCAGAUGCCGCUGCUAAAGCAGCUUCCAAAGCCCAUAAGGCCCCUGAUUUCAUUAGUUGCCCCUUAUCACAUAUAAAACACAUUGCACGAUUAAAAUCCUACACCACUUGGGAAAAGAGGUACUUGGAGGAGCCCACGGGGGCAAGAACCAGGUCUCUCCUACCAUCACUUAAAGACAUACACAAACUAAACACGACACUUCCGGUAGCGAAGCAAAGGGGUCACGCACACAACCAAGAAGUAUCGCGUGAUCGAGCGUACCAGGCACCGCCGCAUUCCAAUCGACGCCGCGUGCGGACUUCGAAGCAAAACAACAUUCCAUUGAACUAA